AGUUCGGUAGUCGCUCCCAAUGUUCUUUCAACAUUUGGAUGACGUUUGUACAACGUGAUAUUGGAAAUUCCUUUUCUUCCGCUUCUUUCGCUAGAAGAGAGCCAAGAAACGUUUUUAAACGGUUUGUACAGGUUUUGGGAACGUUUAGAAAAAAGUUAAAUGGAGCACGAUAAUGGGGAUAACCACAACUGGCCGGUGCAACGACGAGAGGAGGGUUUAGUGAACAAACAUAUGGCAGACAUUGAUCGGGAAACCCUCCAGCAGAGGCUGUGUGCUGGUGAGAUCCACAGUCUGACUGAACGAGUCUCCAGACGCUCAGGGGAAGAGUUCCCAGACGAACCCCGGCGAGGGGGCGUUAGUUUCGGGGAAGAGCCAACGCUUUCCUGUGGCUCUGGAGCUGAGCUUUCUGCCCCAUCCACAGAGACUGCUGCUCAAAGGAAGAUCAUCGCCCUACUGGUGGAAAUCAAAGAGGAGCAGCAGAGGCAGUGGGCGGUGCUGAAGGAUCUUCAGGCCAGACUGCAGGGUCAAACCAGCUACGAGGAAGAGGAUGUAGAGGAUCUGGACAUGGAUCUCCCCCUGAGGACCCUUGAGCAGCUGGAUGAGAUGGAGAGACAGCUGGAAGAAACAGGAACUCAAAAGAGAAUGGUUUCUUACCUCUCGCGGAUGGGCGGGGCUACGGUUGACGACGCGGUGAGACGUCUGAUGCAGUCUGUGUUUACAUUCGCUGUCGGCUCUGAGCUCAACUGGGUGGGUCGAGGACGGAAGAGAAGCUUCAGGAACACUCGCCUCCAGGGUGUCCUCUUCUGUGCUCUGAAACGAACACCGGUGGGUAAGGAGGCCACACACCAUCAGUAUGCCGACGUGGUGAAAAAAUGGCUGCGCUUUGCUCCGUUCAGACAGGGGGGGAGCGGCCGGCGCUGCUGCAGACCGUCUGUGGAUUUUGCAGAUUCUGAGGAAACAGACAAUUUUAACCAAAGCUCCACACGAUGACAUUUAUCUCACUUAUCAGGUAUCCUAAGUUUCAGAAUUAAGGCAUUCACAUGGUGAAAAAAACAGAUGUGCAUGAAAAGGAUAUUAUUAUGUUUAAGACAUAGCACACUGUACACUUCUGGAAUGUUUUGCUUAUAGCGCGAAUGUGUCCUUUUAAAGAGCAAUAUUGUGUCCCAUUUUUUAUUUGUGAAGUGCUUGUUCACAGUUUGUACUUUAGGAGGCGACAACAUUUAAGGAAUUUGUCUCAAAGUGGUUUAAAGGUCUCCUAUUAUGCUCUUUUAUGGCAUAUAUUAUAGGUCUCAAAUAUAUUAAAAAAACAUGUCAUGUCUUUGACGUGUUUUGCUCAAAAUACGAAACAGAUCAUGCAUUUUAGCAUGUCCACUAUCCCUCUGUUUCAGCCCCGUUUUCGUAAGUGCUGAUUCUGUGACUUUCCCUUUCAUGCAAAUGAGCUGCUGCUGGCCACGCCCCUUUGGAGUGCAUGGAGCUCUAUGCUUGAACAGAGAAGUUUCUAACGGGCCAUCCACACGGUUCCAUUGUUGAUGCUUGACGCACCUUCCCAUUCACUCUGAAUGGGGUGACGUCAAGCAUUUCCAAACUGCAUUGUGGUUCCGUUGCUUCGCAAGUUGAAAGUUGAGAAAAGUUCAACUUUUCAAGCAUCGAUGGAAGCGCCAACCAAUCAAAUCCCGCGUAUGCAAAUACGCCAGUACAAGCGCUAAUCAAUCAAACCGCGUGUAUGUGUGUCCAGGGCGGGAGAUUAAUGUGAUUGGUUGUUGGUCGCGUUAACCCCAAGCGCCAGACAUGCCCACUGGCAAGCGUCAACGGAGCGGUGUACGCUGCUUAACGGAGAAACUCAGCUAAACGCUGCCGUGAUUAAACGCCUUGUUAUGUUCCAAAACAUAUACAGCAUUAUUUCUGAAACACUGCUCAGUGUUUACCACUAGAACAGUGACAUUAUAUGUAUUACAUCAACUCUAAGUCCCUCCUGCAGACAUCCUGCUGAACACACAGAGGUGCUGCGGAGGGGAUUCAGCUCGACUGUAUAAUGUGGACGAUAGGUUGGGACGUGUCACGUGGCCUGGAUUUUGCCAGGAGUUCAAUGUAAAGGAGCCCACAUUUCUGAUAUGACGUUAUAUCGGCAGCAAAUCUGGGAACCUUGAAACCUUGAAUCGGCAGCAAAUCUGGGGUUGUAUUUUCUGACAAUUUUUGAGUCUCCUUACACACCAGGGACACAUAUUUAUGUAGAAAAGACAGCAAAAAGGGCAUUUUGCAUAAUAGGGGACCUUUAAGUUAAGAGGGGAUUAUUUUAUCUCACCCCUAUCAUCUCCUGCCUUAGAAUGAAAGGGUAACAUCUAAUAAAAUGUACAAGUUUCAGUAAACUGAAGAUGACUCCCAAUGACA